UUAAGUAAAUAUGUACAUUUUGAUCUGGUAACGAACAAAUCAACUUGUUUAAAAUGUUUGAAAAUUUUAAGUGGAAACAAACGUUAUAAUAUUGCAAGACAUUAUGCGUUAACACAUAAAAUAAUAAUAGGUGAAAAUGACUAUAAUAGUUUUAAUAUAAGUAUGAACAAGAGGGAGUUUUUAAAAUGUUGUGUGGGGCUAGUAACAGUAAAAAGUUUUCCACUUCGAAUAUUUGAUGACAAUACUUUUUUCAAAAAAAUUAUAAAACCAUAUGAAAAACAAUUUCGAAUAAAAUUAAAUUCUACAAACGUCACAUUUAUUAUUAAAAGAACGAGUGAAGAGAUUAAGAAAUUAAUAAGAGACCGUGUGAAAAAUAAAUUAGUGUCAAUUAAAGUAGACAUUGCUACUAGAUUGGGCAUAAGUGUUUUGGCUAUAAAUAUUCAGUACAUAAGCGAUUUUAAAGUACAUGUUAAUACAAUAGGAGUGGUGGAAAUGACAAAAAUGUGCAACUCAAAUGAUAUUAUGGACGAAAUAUCGCGUUCUUUGAACGAAAUAGGCUUAGAAAAAACUCAAAUAUAUCCAAAUACCGAAUGUAUAUAUGACAUUGGAAAUGUUAACUUGGAAAAAGGAGAAGUUUUUUCACAAAUAGGUGGAACAUUUUCAGUACUCAAAUGCACUGCUGAUAACUUAAGAUUAGUGGCUCAAGAAGUAUUAACAAAAAUUGAACCCGAAAUAAGAGAGUUUGAAAAAACUGCAAAAAAACUUUCUAACUCGAAAAGAGAAAACUUUAAUUUUAAUAUUCCUGUUAUUAAUAAAGUGACUAAAUGGGAGAAAAUUUAUAGCACGAUAGAAUGUAUUUUGCCACAAAAAGAUUAUAUUGAGUUUUUAUCGGAGCUUUUGGAUGUUGAAUUUAAUUGGACAUUUAUUGAAAAAAUUGCCUCCGCAUUCAAGCCAUUGUUCAAUUGCUCACUGAAAUCGCGAAGCCAACAAUAUAUUUCAGGAGAUUUUUAUAGAGACUGGCUCAACUGUGAAUUGGAAUUGUUAGAUAUCUCUGUGGAAAACUGUUAUGCUGGUUAUCUGUAUGAGGCUAUGGUUAAUAGAAAAACUGAACUUUUCAAUCAUAUAGCUUUUUUGGCUGCGCUGUAUUUAGAUCCCCGCUUCAAUUUCGAAAAUUCAAUGUUAUUAUCUAAUUACCAGAAACAAAUAGCAUUGAAUCAUAUUUUAGAAACUCAUGAAAUAUUUAAAGAUUUGGGUAAAAGAACUACACUAGACCGACAAAUAGAACCUUUAUGUGUUUCAAAAUCAUCUUCAGCUACUUUUUCUAAUCCACCAAAGGACAAUUUCGAAAAACUUACGCAAUAUAUAGAUAACCAUUUCAUCAAAAACAUGCAAUUACCUUCUUCAAAAUAUUUAAAACAAAAAUUAUUGCUAUUAUGUGAAAGAAAUAGAGAACCAUUGAACACUGAUGUGUUGGAAUACUGGAAAUCAAAUUACCAACAUGAGCCAGACCUAUGUUGUUUAGUUGAAAUUAUCUUUUCUGCUUCAGCGUCUCAAGUAUCUAAAGAACGAACUUAUAGCGCAUUAUCAACAAUACUUACAAAAUUAGGAAUAACAAAGAUGUAUAAACUAAAUUCAAGAGGAGAGAAAAGAAAAGAACGAAAAUUGAAAUUUAUAAAUAGAUUGGUAUCUUAUAAUGAAAAGUUAGAUAAAUCAAUUUGUUUAAUUGAAAACUGUGGAAAAGAGUUAAGUGGCAGAAGAUUAUAUAACAUAAAAAGACACUACAAAUUAGCACAUGAUCUAAUAAUAAACAAUAAUGUUGAUUAUAAGGGAAAUACAAAUUUUAUUUCGAACAUUUCUAUUCCAAAAACCAUUCCCACUCCAAAAGUUAAGAAACUCCAUACUAAAAUCAAAACUGAAACAAUGGAUAAAAGAGAAUUUUUAAAAUGUUGUGUUGGGUUGGGAACACUAAAAAACAUUCCACUUCGAAUAUUUGAUGACAAUGACUUUUUUAAGAAAAUUAUAAAACCGUACGAAGAUCAGUUCCAAACCAAUUUGAAUUCAACAAAUGUUACAUCCGUUAUCGAAAAAGCCGGUGAGGAAGUUAAAAGGUUGAUAAGAGAACAUGUUAAAAAUAAAAUGGUUUCAGUAAAAAUAGAUGCUGCUACUCGUAUGGGAAGAAGUAUUUUAGGAAUAAAUGUUCAGUACAUAGAAAGUUUUCAAUUGCACGUAAAUACAAUCGGUAUUAUAGAAGUAACGAAUAUGAGAACAAUCAAGGAUAUUAAGAAAGAUAUUUCCAUCUGUUUAAAAGGCGUCGGAAUUGAAAAAACUCAUGUGUAUCCGAAUAUAAAGUAUAACAGUAGUGAUAGUAUUGUAGAAAAAGGAGAAGAUACUACGCAAAUAGAUAAAAUUUUUUCGGUAGUUAAAUGUACAGCUGACAAUUUACGAUUAGCGGCUCAUGAAACAUUACAAAAAAUUCAACCAGAAAUUAAUGAAUGCAUAAGGGUUGUAAAAAAACUUCGUAACUCAAGAAUAGAAAAUUUUAGUUUUGAUAUUCCAAAUUUCAACAAUUUUACUGAAUGGGAGACAAUUUAUAGGACAGUUGAAUGUCUAUUAUCCCAAAGAGAAUAUGUUGAAGCUGUAACAGAACUCAUGAAAAUCAAAGUUAAUUGGGAGUUUAUUGAGAAGUUUUCGUCUGCCUUUUAUUUUCUAUUUCGCUGCUCAUCAAAAUCACAGAAUGUAAAAUAUAUAAUAGGAGAUUUUUAUAGAGAUUGGCUUGAUUGUGAAUUACAAUUGAAAGGUUUAUUAAAGGAUAAUUGUUAUGCACGUUAUUUACAUCAGGCCAUGGCUAAUAAAAAGAGAGAAAUUUUUAAAAAUGCGUGUUUUUUGGCAGCAAUAUAUUUAGAUCCCCGUUUUAAUUAUGAAAAUUCAACAUUAUUAACUGAACAUCAAAAAAAAAUUGCGUUGAACCGCAUUUUGAAAACCUAUGAAAUUGGUAAACAACUCAAAAUAAUUAAUUCAGAGCAGGCAACAUUGUGUAUUCCAAGAAAAUUAUUAAAUACUCCUAGUACUUCAAAAGAAACUUUUGAAAAAUUAGCUGAAGAUAUGAAAAAAAUUAUAAAAAAUGAUUAUAAAAAUUUAAUAUCACUUACAUCACAAGAUUUAAAAGAAAAAUUAUUAUUGUUGUGUGAAAGAAGGCAAGAAGCUAUGCACAUUAAUGUUUUAGAAUAUUGGAAAUUAGGUUAUCAAAAUGAGCCAGAGUUGUGCCAGUCUGCUGAAAUCAUCCUUUCUACACCAGCAUCUCAAAGAUCUACAGAUCGUUCUUAUAAUGCAUUAUCGAGCAUAAUAACAAAACUUGGCAGUAAUAUACCAAAAGAAACUCUUGAACACAUUUUCUUAUGUAAACUAAAUUUUCAUUUACUAAAAAAUUAUGAGUUCGAAUUAUUCGACAAUGAAUUAUUUCAAGAUUCAAAAACAUUAUUGUAAAACAUUAUUACAAAUGAUUUUAAAUGAUUUUAAUUCAAAAAGCAAUUAAUCCUUGAAUAAACUUUUGAAUAACCACUUUAUCUUGUACAAAAACCAAAAAUUGUAAAAUUAUAUAAACGUCAGUCAUUCGCCACCUGGUUUGUGGCAUUCAUACUAAAUCCAAACCACAAAAAAAAGUAGAAAAUGUCAAAUUUAUUUGUUUAUGCUUUCCUUAUAUUGUAUGCAGUUAAACUAGGAUUAAUUAACUUGAAAAUUUGUUCAGUUCUUUGAAAUGUUCAAAGACAGAAACAGGAUGAAAAGUUUUAACUGUAUUGCUAAAAGGAGUUCAAUUGUGUAUAUUAUUCAAGUACUCCAAGUCUUUGAAGCGAUCACAAUGGGCAAACUCAAAGAAAGCUUCAAGUGCUAUAAUUUGUUUUUAAUUUGAGGGACCAAAUUUGUGCAAAAACCUACAAAAAAAUGUGCUGAUGCACAUGCGAAAAACCUAAUUGAAUUGCUUUGUACAUCCGUGUACAUACAUAUGUAUGUACGUAAUAUAUAUUAUGGCCAAACUAGUAAAAUUGGCAAAAAACCGGGAAUUGCAAAUUAUCUAAAAUUUGGCUUUUCAUAAAGACAAAUUAAUUAUUCUGACGUUUAUAUAUAUAAACAGGGACCUACGAUACUGUCCAUCUUCAUUGAUCAAAUAAAAGCAAGCAUGAGUAAAUGUAUAUAUAUUUAUUUACUUCAUUAGCUGCAAUAUGUUGUAGAAAGGGUACCAGAUAAGGUACUUAGAUAGUGGCUGUACAGUUAUUAUAAAAGCAGACGAUUUCAAAAGCCUACUUCAUAGAGUUGCGGGCAAAAUAUUAGCACCAAUUUUGCUACUAGAAAAACCUAAUGUAAAAUUUUUAAUGCGCAACACAAGUUAUUCGGUUUGGUUAUCAAGACCGAAUAAUGUUGAACACAAUCCAUUGUGAAUCCAGUGCGAACAGUUUAAUAUAAAAUUGUAAAAAUCUGUGUUUGGGGGUUUUUACCAAUAGUGCUGCUAGUGUAAUUUUGUAUCAAAACUAUUAUGAGCUAAUCUGUAUGUCCACACAAUGUAAUAUUUUUACUCUAUGUUAAAUUGACUACCCGGCUAUACUAGGCUUAUCAGCAAAAUAACCACCUAAAGGUAUAAGAGUAAAAGGCGGAACAAUUAUUUUCAUUAAAUAGGGUUGUUAUGAACUAGCCGACUAAGUUGGCUUUAACUACAUACAUUGAAAAACGAGUUGUGUUGCGCUAACGCGUUUGUGUUGUGUAAGGUCACCAACAUGGGAAGUGGUCUCAAUCAAAAGGUUUAAGAAAUUAAUUGAAAACGAGAUUAACCUUAAUUGUCAAAAAAGUUUGCUGGAUCAAUUUUCAUUUAUUUAUUUAUUUUUUUUGUAAAAAAAAAUAAUGUACAUAUUUUUGUUUUGUUUAAGGAAAAAUUUUUGGGACCUACUACUAUUACUUUGUUUGAAUUUUUGAAUUUUGAAAAUAAUUCUGUUUAGUUUUGAUGAAAGAAUCAUCUUAAGACUGAAAUAUUUUGACUUUUUUUUUAGUCAUAUUAAGCAUAAAUUAUUAAUAAAGAAAAAUAGAGAUACAUAUAU